GGGAGUGGCGUCUCAAAGAUCACAGUCAAGUAUUAACUGUGGGCGAAGGGGAGCACACUGUGAUCUGGAUGCCCAGCUGAACCACACACCAUUUCAGCGGCCCUGUCUUGUGGGUCAGUCCCAAAGGCAGACGACAAAGCAGGUGGGGCCAUUGCCAUUAAGAUGGAGGAAAAUGAUGAGCGCUGUCCCCCUUGGAUAGAGCACAGUGUGUUGAGUGAAGCCGAGCUGGAGAAGAUUGGCCUGAGAAGGCAGGCUCCACCAUCGUCCACCUGCCCUAAGAUCCCGAAGAUCAGGUGCUCGGGUUCCAUAGCAAAAUCCUUGCUGUUCCGGUUCCUCCCCAUCCUGGCCUGGCUCCCACGGUAUCCAGUCAAGGAAUGGCUGCUUGGGGACAUCAUCUCAGGAUUCAGUGUGGGGAUCAUGCACCUCCCCCAGGGUUUGGCCUAUGCACUUCUGGCAGGGCUGCCUCCGGUCAUUGGCUUGUAUUCCGCCUUCUACCCUGUCCUGCUGUAUUUCUUCUUUGGAACGUCCAGACACAUCUCUGUGGGUCCAUUUGCUGUCAUCUCUGUGAUGAUUGGGAGUGUGACAGACUCACUGGAACCCACUGGAAAGUAUGAAGAAGUGAUCAAUGGUACUGAUGAGUUGUUCACCAAUGAGGCCCGGAGGGAUGCUGCCAGGGUGAGCCUGGUGGCUGCUCUUACCUUCUUGGUGGGCAUAUUUCAGAUUGCCCUUGGACUGCUGCAGUUUGGCUUUGUGGCCACUUACCUUUCUGAGCCCUUGGUGCGGGGCUACACGACGGCGGCUUCUGUGCAGGUGUUGAUCUCCCAACUGAAGUAUGUCUUUGGGGUGUCCUUGAGAGAAUAUUCGGGGCCAUUGUCACUGAUUUACACCUUUCUGGAAAUCUGUUCAAAAUUGCCACAGACCAAUGUGGGCACCUUGGUCACUGCCUUGAUCGCCAUGGCUGCCAUUCUGCUUGUGAAGAUGCUCAAUAACAAACUUCGCAAGUGGCUUCCAAUCCCUAUCCCCAUUGAACUUAUUGCGAUUAUUGUCUCCACGGUGAUCUCCUACUUUGCCAAACUGAACACACGUUUUGAGAUUAGUAUUGUGGGUGACAUCCCCAGUGGGUUGAUACCUCCUGAGGCUCCCCAAGUAAGCUAUUUUGGGAAGGUUGUGGGAAAUGCUUUCGCCAUUGCUAUGGUUAGUUAUGUCAUUUGUAUCUCACUGGGCAAGAUCUUUGCCCUCAAGCAUGGCUACACUGUGGACAGCAAUCAGGAGCUGAUAGCCUUGGGGCUCAGUAACUUUGUGGGAAGCUUUUUUCAAUGUUUCAGCGUCAGCUGUUCCAUGUCCCGAUCCCUAGUGCAAGAGAGCACAGGAGGGCACAGCCAGGUGGCUGGGGUGGUUUCCUCCCUCAUCAUCCUAGUCACCAUCUUGAAGAUUGGGGAGCUUUUCCGUCAACUUCCCAAAGCCAUCUUGGCUGCCAUCAUUAUUGUCAACUUGAAGGGCAUGUUCAAGCAGUUUAAUGAUAUUCGUACACUUUGGAGAUCCAACUUUAUUGACCUGCUGAUCUGGAUUGUAACCUUUGUUGCUACCAUUUUGUUGAACCUUGACAUGGGAUUGGGAGUGGCUGUAGCCUUUUCACUUCUCACAGUCAUCUUCCGGACUCAGAUGCCCCAUUAUUCUACCUUGGGACAAGUGUCUAAAACAGGCAUUUACAAAGACGUAGCUGAGUAUCACAAGGCUGAGGAGAUCCCAGGUGUGAAGAUUUUCCACUCCUCUGCUACAGUCUAUUUUGCUAAUGCUGCCAUGUAUACAGAGGCCCUAAAGAAGCAGUGUGGUUUUGAUGUGGACCGCCUCAUAGAGAAGAAAAAGAAAGCCUUAAAAAAGAAGCAAAAGCAUGACAAGAAAGAAGCCAAGAAGGCAAAGAAAAUGGCUUCUGGGGCCAAAAGGACAUGUGACACUGGGAACAAGAACUUUGGAUUUGUGGGUAUUGAUAUGGAGACAAAGUCACAGGAACCAGGGGAACCAGGGGAUGACUGCAAAGAGUGUGACACAACAAUGACUGAAAGCAAUGGCUGUGUGAACGAUUUGGGCCCCCAAAUCGACAUCCAACCACCAUCUUCUUGCAAUCCCAGCCUGGAGUCUUUGGGACUUGAAAAGCCUCCUCUUCACUCACUCAUACUGGACCUUGGUCCUGUCAACUUUGUGGACACCGUGUGUUUAAAGACCUUAAAAAAUAUAUUCAAAGAUUUCCAGGAGAUUGAAGUGGAUGUUUUUCUCGUUGGUUGUCAUGCUUCUGUCAUUACUCAGUUGGAACGAGGCAACUUCUUCAGUGAAACCAUCACUAAGCACCAUCUUUUUGCAACCAUGCACGAUGCUGUUACUUAUGUCACCAGGAACCGGGGAGAGAACUUGCUGCAAACUGUCAAAGUCAACCACAACACUAGUCUGUAACCAGUGAAUUCCUAUGCUCCUUAGUUUCUUGCAGAGGAGCAGAAGACCCUCCAGCACAUUUUCAGAUGACUGGUUGAACUUCUUUUUUUGUUGAUAAAAGUGGUUGGUGAUGUGGGAUUCAUCACUGAAGAAACUGAUUCCAGCUAUCGACUGCUUGAUAAAAUGAGAUGCCUUUUCCUUGAGAAUCAUCUUUAAACCUGGAAGAAACUGUGAAGAUAUCACUGCAGAUCUGUUUCAUGUUAGGGGACACAGGAUCUUCUAGUGCAGUGGAUCCACUUCAAGCACCACAAUUCCUGUCCAAGGAAAAAAUCAUUUGACUACUGGCAGUAUCAGAUUUGUUGCUGGGGUUGCUCUUCUGGGGUCAAAAUUACAAAAGAUAUGGAUUAUCCACUCAAUCCUCCUACUUGAUUGGGAAGAGAUCAGUAUCUUCUGCCUGCACGAAAGGGCCUGUCAGGCAGAAAAACCAGAUGUUUUGGGCUCAUCUGCUCACCAUUUACUCCUCUUCAGGAGCAGAAUUUUUAAACAUCUCAUGUUAGAUAACAUGAUUAUACCAUGAAUUCUGAAUCCAUGCCUGUCUGCACUGAACUUGCAUAACGUCAGUUACCAAACUGCUUCACAAAAAGUACAAACUGGGCUGUCAUUUAAAUAUUGUAAAUACCAAGCUGCCUAUUAUUGUUUCUGAAAAAUGAGAGAUGUAUUCAGGUGAUAAAUGGAUGGAAGUCUGUACCUAGAAAAGUUUCAUGAGUGAGAGUCCCAUUAAAUAAAUGGACAUGCUGAUCAAACAUUUUGAUUUGGUUUCAGGUGGGUGGAAUAUGUAUAUGUCAGAAAUUGUUACCAGCCUUGCAAGAUGUGUACAUUUAGCAAUGUGCGAUGAACAAAUGAAAUAGACAGAAAAUAUAUUGGAUAUAUAUAUUAUUUUGUUUAUUUUGAGGGUAAUUGUACUUUUUUCUAAACUCUACCAAGCUUCAUUGUCAGUGAAUGUGGAAUAAAACCUUGAGGUUCAGAGAA